AUGGGGGCACGACAGGAGGGGCAUGUGGCACAGGUCCGGAGCCAGGCGUCGACGCAUGCGACAUGGAAACCGUGGCCGCACCGUGGGAGCACGCGCAGGGCCUCCCCCUCCAUGAACUCCGCCAGGCAGAUCGCACACUCUGACGACGAGCAUGUCGCCGGCGUCGGAGAAGCCCCGUUGGCGGCGAAGGGGAUGGUGGGGAGCGCGUGGAUGGCCUUCUUCUUGAGGCCCUUUGGGGGAGGAGGGGCGUGA